GGUCACGUCCCCAGCGCCCUAUGUCUCACGCGACAGCGACAGCGACAGCGGACGAGUCGGUGGAAUUUGGCCGUCUCCUCACGGGCGUGCUACUGACCUGCCACGAGAGCAAUGUCUAUCCAAGCGCGACGGUUGUUGACUCUGCCUCUGCUCUUUCCUCCGCCCAGCACCAGUCUCCCACUCUCGCCCGACUCUCCACUAUGCGCGGCCUCCGGGGCCUCCUCGCCGUCUCCGGCCGCCGCGCGGCGGCGAGCGGCGCCUCCUCGUCUCCCCACAGCGUCCUCUUCGCCCGUGCCCUCCAGAUCCUCUCCCAGCCGGAGCCCGUCCGCCUCCACAAGCUCUCGGCGCCCGACUCCGGGAUCGUGGAGCUGAGGCUGGAGCGGCCGGAGGCCAGGAACGCCAUCGGGAAGGAGAUGCUCAAGGGGCUGCGGAGCGCCAUGGACAAGGUGGGGGCCGACCCGACGGCCAACGUCGUGUUGGUCGCGAGCUCCGUGCCCAAGGUUUUCUGCGCGGGCGCUGACCUCAAGGAAAGGAGGUUAAUGGGCCCUUCUGAAGUCCGGGAAUUUGUUAAUACCUUGAGAGCUACAUUCUCAUCCUUUGAGGCACUCCCUAUUCCUACAAUAGCUGUUGUUGAAGGAGCUGCUUUUGGCGGUGGGCUAGAGUUGGCUCUUUCAUGUGAUCUUCGUAUAUGUGGGGAGAGUGCAACAUUCAGCUUGCCAGAAACCGGCCUUGCUAUUAUUCCUGGAGCUGGAGGGACACAGCGUCUUCCAAGGAUUGUUGGAAGGGCCAGAGCAAAGGAAUUGAUAUUCACUGGCCGUAGAUUUGAUGCGACAGAAGCUGUAAAUAUGGGGGUAGUGAACUACUGUGUUCCUGGUGGUGAGGCUUAUCAAAAGGCUCUUGAACUUGCCCGGGAGAUAAAUCAGAAAGUCAGACUUUUUCUGAGCAUAUUGUGUGCUUCGUUUGAUAUGAUUGUGGCGCAGUUCUUUCUUUGCAAAUUUGGGACCAUCCGCGUUCCUUGGAAAUGCAUUUUCCAGGUCCGUUAGCGAUAAGGAUGGCCAAGAAGGCCAUCAACGAAGGGAUGGAGGUAGACCUGUCCUCUGCGUUGGCUGUCGAAGAAGAGUGCUACGAGCAAGUUCUGCACACUCGGGAUCGCCUUGAAGGUCUAGCUGCAUUUGCAGAGAAAAGAAGACCUUUGUACACAGGAAAGUGAGGCCGUACUGAAGUCAGCCCUGUUAGCCUCUUAUGUCUUAUCUGCUGAUACCCUGAAGAAUGUGUCCUUGUUCCAAAAAAAAUAAAACCCUGAAGAAUGUGUCUGGGAUGCUAGAUUAUUUGCAGAUGGAUGUGCUACAUCUUCUGAUUGUCAUGAUCGCCUAAAACUGAAAUGAACCGCACCCAUGUAACUGUAAGGUAGGAAAGCUAGCAUGUGGAGAUGCUGCGGUUUGGUUUCGUCA